AUGGCUGAAGCCCUCCUCGGUGUCAUUUUUGAGAAGCUAACCGAUGAAGCCUUCAAGAAGUAUGUUCGCUCUCAGAAGAUUCAUUCCGAGCUCAAUGAAUUGAAGACCACAUUGUCCAACAUUAAAGCUCUGCUUAAUGAUGCUUCUCACAAGGAAAUUACUCAUGAAUCUGUUGGACUAUGGCUUAACAGUCUCCAACAUUUGGCUUAUGAUAUUGAUGACGUACUUGACGAUGUGGCUACCGAAGCUAUGCACCGUGAGCUGACUCAGGAAUCAGGAGCAGUCACAAGCAAGGUAAGAAAGCUCAUCCCGACUUGCUGCACAAAUUUUUCACUAAGUCAUAGGUUGUCUUCCAAGAUAGAUAGCAUUACCAUCAAGUUACAACUACUAGAAAAACAAAAGUCUGAUCUAGGUUUGAUUGUGAAAGAUGAAAAGCCAAAAAGUACUAGUAGAAGAAACGAAACUUCUUUGCCAGAUGGGUCUAGUGUUGUUGGAAGAGAAAGUGAGAUAGAGAAAUUGCUUAACAAGUUGUUAGGGGAUGAUGGGUCAUCCAAGGAAAACUUUAGCAUCUUACCCAUAGUUGGUAUGGGUGGGGUUGGUAAGACCACUCUAGCUAGACAUUUGUAUAAUGAUCCACAGGUGAAGGGUCACUUUAAACUCAAGGCAUGGGUUUGUGUUUCUGAUGAUUUUGAUAUCUUUAAGAUAAGUAAAAUCAUUUUUCAAGCUGUGUCCGGUGAAAGGAGGGAAUUUGAAGAUUUAAAUCAACUUCAAAUGGAUCUUACAAAGCAACUUCAGGACAAGCGAUUCCUACUAGUAAUCGAUGAUGUGUGGCAUGAAAACGAUGACGAUUGGGAAAACCUGGUGCGCCCAUUUCAUUCAUGUGCUCAUGGAAGUAGGAUAAUCAUGACAACUCGUAAAGAAGAGUUGCUCAUAAAGCUAGGUUUUAAUCAUCUAGAUUCUCUCAAGACUUUGUCGCAUGUAGACGCUUUAUCUUUAUUUGCUCUACAUGCAUUAGGUGUGCAGAACUUUGACUCACACACAACACUUAAACCACUUGGUGAAGCUAUUGUGAAAAAGUGUGCUGGUUUGCCUUUGGCUUUGAAGGCAAUUGGAACGUUAUUGAAGGCAAGAACAAAUGAACAAGACUGUGAAGACGUAUUCAAUAGUGAGAUUUGGAAUUUAGAAAAUAGUGAUAAGAUUGUUCCAGCUCUAAGGCUUAGCUACCAUGAUCUUUCAUCAAAUUUAAAGCAGUUGUUUGCAUAUUGCUCGUUGUUCCCUAAGGGCUUUUUGUUUGACGAAGAGAACUUGGUCUUACUGUGGACGACAGAAGGAUUUUUUAACCAAUCCAAUGCAGCCAAGUCACCAGAACGUUUGGGCCAUGAAUAUUUUGAAAUUUUAUUAUCAAGGUCAUUUUUUCAACAUGCACCUAAUGAUGAAUCAUUAUUUAUGAUGCAUGACCUAAUGAACGACUUGUCCACCUUUGUUGCUGGAGAACAUUUUCUAAGAUUCGAAAAUCAUAUGACGACUGAGACAGAAGCUUUGGAGAAGUAUCGCCAUAUGUCAUUUACUCGCGAGGAAUAUGUAGGCCACCAAAAGUUUGAGGCAUUUAAAAGAGCAAGAAGCUUGAGAACAUUGUUAGCAGUAUCUGUUGGGGUGGGUGAAAGUUCGAAAUCAUUUUACUUGUCCAAUAAGAUUUUGGUUAACUUACUUCCUAAGUUACCAUUGUUAAGGGUUCUUUCUUUGAGUUGUUUUGAGAUAAGUGAGUUACCAGAGUUCAUUGGUAAUUUGAAGCACUUACGGUAUCUUAAUUUAUCUCAAACUAAAAUCACCGAGUUACCAGAGAAUGUUGGCAAUCUUUAUCAUCUACAAACAUUGAUUGUUUUUUGUUGUGAAAGUUUGACUAAGUUGCCUAAAAGCUUCAUAAAGCUUAAAAAGUUGCGGCAUUUGGACAUAAGGGAUACCCCGCUUUUGAAAAAGAUGCCCUUGGGGAUUGGUGAGUUGAAAAGUCUGUAUACUCUCAACAAGAUCAUCAUUGGAGGAGAAGAUGGUUUUGCAAUAACCGACCUUAAGGGAUUUAAGAAUCUCCAUGGGAUUGUUUCUAUUGGGGGAUUGCAGAGAGUGCAAAGUGUAAUGCAAGCACGGGAAGUGAACUUAUCUCUAAAAGAGAUUACUAAAUUAGAGCUGAAAUGGAUUGAUGGGUCUGAUGGUUCACGAAGUGGUCCAAUUGAAAAGGAGGUUCUCAAUAUGCUCGAACCUAGUAGAGAUAAGUUGAAAGAGCUUGCAAUUAUGUCAUAUGGAGGAAAAGAGCUUUCAAAUUGGGUUGGUGAUCCAUCUUUUCAUAAGUUGGUUAAUGUUUCCAUACAUGGUUGUAGCAAAUGCACAUCUCUUCCGGCAUUUGGGCAGCUACCUUCACUUAAGGAGUUGUUUAUUAAAGGCAUGGAUGAGGUUAAAGUCAUAGGUUCGGAGUUAAUUGGGACUACAACUGUUGUUUCCUUCCCUUCACUUGAAAUUCUAAAAUUUCAAAAUAUGAGUGAAUGGAAGGUAUGGUCAACUAAUAACAUGGUUUUAGAUGCAGUGUUUCCAUGCCUUCAAGAGCUUUAUAUAAACGACUGUCCCAAUUUGAUUGACAUUUCAUUGAAAGCACUACCUUCAGUAAGGGUUUUAAGUAUACACAUAUGUGGUGUUAAUGCAUUGAGAAGUCUCGUUCAAGCAGCUUCAUUAGUCAAUGAGUUAGGAAUAGCAUCUAUUGUAGGGCUUACAAAUGAAGCUUGGAGAGGUGUUAUUAUGUAUCUUAAGGCAAUUGAAAAAUUAUACAUAUGGCAUUGUGAUGAAAUAAGUUACUUGUGGGAUUCAGAAGAGACAAAUAAGGUCCUUUUAAACUUAAAGGAAUUGGAUGUACGCAGAUGUAAAAAUCUGGUGAGUUUAGGAGAGAAAGAGGUGGAUAAUGUUGAAAGCACCCUUUUAUUAUCUCUCAGGUAUUUGGAGAUCUUCUAUUGCGAGAGUAUGAAGCAUUGUUAUUGUCCAAAUAGCAUUGAGUAUUUUAGUAUACAAGGUUGUAGUUCACUUACACUUGUCUCCUUCCCAAGAGAAAUAGGAGGGGAGCAAAAGCUCAAGUCAGUUACGAUAUAUGAUUGUAAGAAACUAACGAAAGGGAUCAACAACACAAACAUGCCAAUGCUUGAAUUCUUGUUUAUAGGUGAGUGGAUAGAUCUGAAAUCAAUAACUCAAUUUAGUAACUUCAAUCACCUCACCGUUCUCUGUUUAUCAAAUUGUACGAGUAUUGAGUCAUUUCAACUAUCGAAUCUCACAUCAUUAAGACACCUUAUAAUCAUAAACUGUCCAAGUUUUUGUUUAUCCUUUGAUAGAGGGUUUUGGCCUCCCAAUUUAGUUUCCCUUGACAUUGGGGGACUGAAAGAGCCAAUCUCAGAAUGGGGCCCUCUGAAUUUUCCAUCUUCUCUCAUUGACCUAACUUUAAGUGGUGAUCGCAGUGUGAGUGAUUUUCGUCAUUUGUCCCAUCUUCUUCCGUCAUCUCUUACUUCUCUAAAAAUAGAAAUAUUUUUUAAACUGGAAUCACUUUCAAUGGGACUCGAACACCUCUCCUCCCUUCAACAUCUCAGUAUUGAAAAAUGCUUACAUAUGAAACAUCUGCCAGUGACAUUGUUGCCUUCCCUUUUGAGCUUGAGAAUUGCUUUAUGCCCAUAUCUUUCAUAA